GCGGCCAUGAUCGGAGCCGAGCCCGGGCUGAGCCGUUUCAAGGCCAAGAUGAAACACGAUUUGCCCACUCGCCAUGGUGCGCAGUGACCGAUGUGCCAACUUCAUCCUGUCGUUGGCUUUCCUUGCCGGCACGACCGAGCAUCUUUGCAGCGUGCCAAUCCCGCCAACGCCGCCUGCGCCGUCACGAGAGGAUCUGCGUGGGAUUGAUGUGGUGAUCAACAGUUCACCUGCCAGUCAUCGCUUCCGCGUCUACGAAGCCGUCCGAGCGCCGAACCAGCAGCGCGACAGCCGGGACACCUACGGAAGCCAGCUUUGGCCCGCAGCGGUCCAUCUCGCGAGCUAUUUGAUGUCAUCCAAGGAGAGCAUCAAAGGCCUGAAGGUCUUGGAACUGGGCUGUGGCAACGGCCUGGUCUCCCUGGCCGCGGCGCGCUUGGGCGCCCAAGUGCUGGCCACGGACUAUCGGCAGCUGCCGUUGGACCUGCUCCGCACCGCCCACAUGGAGAACGAUCCGCUGGGCUCCGAGCAGCUCCGGUGCGCGGUGCUGGACCUAGCGGUGCCCAUGCCGACGGCGCUGCAAGUCUCCACGGUGCACCGGAAGGACCGACUGCCGCCGCCUGAGAAGCCACUGCCGCCGCACGACGUGCUCUUGGCAGCGGAUGUCGGUUAUUCCAAGGCUCUCGCUUGGCGCCUGGGCGAGCGCUGUCGAGAGACCUUGGCCGCUGGCGGGCGCGUGGUGAUCUGCGAAAGCCGGCAGAUGCCCGAGUGCCGUUUGGCCUUUCGAGAGGCUUUGAACUUGAAGCAGACGUCUCAGUUGAGGCUGGAAAAGCGACCGGCAUUGAUGCUUGGGCUUUGCUUUCUUGUUCAUAGAGCUGAUCACCCAGCCUGGUCAGAGAAGAUCGAGGCCAACGACCGAAGCUGAGUCCAUUCCCACCGAGAGCGUGCCCUAUGUUUGGUUCUUGGACACCCGCGGAGACUGUGACUGAGCAGCGGAAGGGGAAUGCAGCGAGCGACGCUUUUUUCGAGCUGAGUGGGGCCUGAGAAGCCCAAGAUGUUCGAAAGGAAAAUGGAUGUUGAAAUAAACUUUUGGGGAGGAAGGACAUGUAGAAG